AUGGAUAUAUAUGUAACAUUGCUGUUUUUCGUUGCUGUCACUUGUUAUCUACUAUGGUUCACUUUCAUUUCCAAGUCAUUGAAAGGCCCACGUGUUUGGCCAGUGCUGGGCAGUCUCCCAGGCCUUAUCGAAAACUCCGAACAGAUGCACGAGUGGAUUGUCGAUAACCUCCGCGCGUGUAGCGGAACGUACCAGACAUGUAUAUGUGCCAUACCUUUCUUGGCCAGGAAACAGGGCCUUGUGACAGUCACUUGUGAUCCUAAGAAUUUAGAGCACAUCUUGAAAACCCGGUUUGAUAAUUAUCCGAAAGGUCCAACUUGGCAGGCCGUUUUUCAUGAUCUACUCGGCCAUGGGAUUUUCAAUUCGGAUGGUGAUACGUGGCUUGUUCAAAGAAAGACGGCCGCCCUCGAGUUCACGACACGUACCCUACGUCAAGCUAUGGGAAGGUGGGUGAACCGGGCAAUCAAGAAUCGGUUUUGUCCGAUUCUCAAGACAGCUCAACUCGAAGUCAAGCCGGUUGAUUUGCAAGAUCUAUUGCUUCGGCUCACUUUUGAUAACAUAUGUGGCUUGGCUUUUGGGAAGGACCCGGAAACUCUUGCGCCUGAGAUGCCGGAUAAUAGCUUCGCCUCCGCAUUUGACCGAGCCACCGAGGCAUCAUUGCAGCGGUUUAUUUUUCCUGAAGUUGUAUGGAAGCUGAAGAAAUUGCUACGGCUCGGAAUGGAAGUCAGCUUGAGCCGGAGUCUCGUAAACGUGGACAAGUAUUUGUCCAGCAUAAUCAAGACACGUAAGCUCGAGCUGAUGAAUAAGCAAAAAGAUGCUAAUCCACAUGAUGACUUGCUAUCAAGAUUCAUGAAGAAAAAAGAGUCCUACUCAGACAAAUUCUUGCAACAGGUGGCGCUCAAUUUCAUCCUAGCUGGACGGGACACUUCAUCCGUCGCACUGAGCUGGUUCUUCUGGUUGGUCAUGCAAAAUCCAAGGGUCGAAGAGAAAAUUCUACGUGAAAUAUGCACCGUUCUGAUCGAUACACGCGGGAUCGACAUAGAGUCUUGGGUUGAUGAUCCUUUAGUAUACGAAGAAGUCAAUCGCUUGGUAUACCUAAAAGCAGAAUUAUCCGAAACACUCCGGUUGUACCCUUCGGUGCCUGAGGACUCCAAGCAUGUUGUGGCAGAUGACACAUUGCCAGACGGUACAUUUGUCCCUGUAGGAUCAUCGGUUACAUAUUCAAUAUAUUCGGCUGGACGAAUGAAGUCCACGCAAGGACUUGGCCUACUUACAAAUGAAGUCGAUAGCGGCAGCAGUGCUGCUUCGCUACAGGCUGACGAUGGUGGCCGGUCACAAAGUGGAGCAAAAGAUAUCAUUGACAUUGUUCAUGAAGUAUGGCCUCAAAUUCAUCCUCCAUUCUUCUGGCCGGCUUCAUCAGACAUCAGGAUGGGAAAGAACAAUCGAACGGAUCCAGCUUGGAAGUAUGGAAAAGAAAUUGAAAAAACAGGAGGUGAUAAAAAGUCAUACGUCUACAUCGAGUGUAUGUUUUGCCAGAAAGCCAUUACCGGAGGGGUGAAGCGGAUGAAGGAACACUUAGCAUGUACUCACAAGAAUGUAGCCCCAUGUCCUGGAGUUCCGGCGGAAGUUAAACAAGAGAUUGCUGAGUAUAUGAAUGCUGGAAACAUGAAAAGACAACUAUCACAACAACAAUUUGAAGAUAUGGUCGAGCUUGGUUCUUAUUAUGAGAAGAAUGAUACAGAAAAAGAUUCUUCUAGAGGCAUUAGAGGACCAAUGGAUAGGUUUGUGUCAAACAUUGGUGCAAAAUUAACUUUCACUAAGCGGUCUCCUGUUGCUUGGUGGACUCAAUUUGGCUUUGGUACUCCAGAACUAACCAAGAAAAAAACUGUUUCACGAAAAGGGAAGGAGACGGUCACAUUACAAUUGGUGGAUGAGGAAGAUGAUUUUGUAGAAAUUGAGAGUAGCGAAGAGGAAGAUGAUGAGGAAAUUAGAUAUGAUGAUGAUUCCGUUAACAAUGCUAGUAAUAGUGAUGAUAGCGGAGACUUUUAG